CCCGUCGGCAGCGGCACGAAGAGGACGCGGCGCACAGCGCGGCCGCGCUCGAGAGCGCGCGCGCGGCGGCCGAGUCAGCGCAGACCGCGCUCUCCGCCGCGCGUGCGCGCGCGCAGGAGGAGGGCGCGGGCCGCGCGGCCGCGGAGCGCCAAGUGACGGAGCUGCAGCAAUUGGUGCGGCAAAUGGAGGGGGGGAGGGAACGGACGGAAGCGGCGGUUUGGGAACUGCAGGAGAAGACGUCAUCACUGGGCGCGGCCGAGCGCGAGCGCGCGCGCCUCGAGACGGAGGUGGUCCCCGCGCUGCGCGGCGAGAUCGCGGAGCUGCAGAAGAUGCUCGCGGCCGCGCACCACCACAAGGCCGAAGCCGCGGAGAGCGCGGCGCGCGCAAACCAGCGCCUCAGGGUCGCCCUGAGCCAACAGGAGAUCAAUUACAACAGCGCCAAGCGAAGGAUCGCUGACCUGGAAGAUCGAAUCAUCGCGCUCGGCUCCAUUCCGCCCGCGACCGCGUACGAGGAGCUAAAACCCCAAACCUCGGACACAUUCCGCACGGAUCCAAUUGACGCGGGACUGCGCUUCUCGUCGGACUACAGCGCCUUCAAAUCCGGCCUGUCAGGGGGGAACUCAAGCUGGGCCUCGCCCCCCCGGGAACCGCCGUUUCCAAAGUCUUUUUCGGAUGGCGCCGGGCAUUCUUCUAGUUUCAACUUUCAGUCUGCGUUGGCUAGCCUAGACAGCUCGAUUGGGAAGCUGUUCCAGCAACCGGGGACUCGAGCGACCGCCACGUGGCAGGACGCGACGCCGUCCGGGAAACACGGCUCGUCCCCCGACCUUAACCGCCCGGCCAGAGCGUAUACGGUUCCCGACCGGAGUGCCACGUCACCCCAAACUGCACGGACAUACUUCUCGCCCCCGCGGGGGUCUGUUGUGGGCGCAGCUUCUCCACCCGUGAAGCGAAACCUGGAUGCGUCGCUCGAGCGCGCGGCCGCGGGGUUUGAGCGGGGUUUUAGCGCGCCGUCGAGUAGCGUGUGGGAACGGGUUGAGCGACGGUGUGAGGAGGUGCGAAAAGCGAUGGAGCGAAGCGCUGCUAUUGGCGCAAAGUGA